AUGAAAAUCAACGAGAAAAAUUUGUGCACGUUCGCAACGACGCCACCGGUCGAUUUGGAGGGAUGGAUGAACAAGCGGGGCGAAACGAACAAAAGCUGGCAGCGGCGCUGGUUUGUUCUGAAGGGCAACCUUCUGUUCUACUUCGAGAAGCGCACUGAUAAGGAACCGCUCGGCAUGAUCAUCCUUGAGGGUUGUACCGUCGAGCUCGCCGAGGAAAGUGAGCAGUACUGCUUUCAAAUCAUAUUCCACGGUCCCAACAAUCGGACCUACUACCUCAGCACGGAAUCACAGGCCAACAUGGAGCAGUGGAUGAAAGCGCUUACCUGUGCCGGGUAUGACUACAUGAAGCUGAUGGUGGCAGAGCUCCAGCGCCAGCUAGAUGAAAUUGAGGGUCACUAUAGGGAGAAAACGCCCGACACUACGCCCAUGCUAGCUCCCCCGAAAGCACCGCCAAGACGGCACAAUCCAUUCAACAAACCACUCACCACGGAAUACGCAUCGAAUGCAGAUACCGGCAACGGCGGUGUGGACGAGGGAUCCGGGAAUAGCCCACCGACACCGCAAACACGUGCCGGCAAGAAAGCACCAGCACCACCCGCACCAACAAAACGACAGCAAUCGCCAACGGGAACACCGUCACCAACGGAGGAACCAACCGUACCGGCGAAGCCCGAUGGUGAACCAUCGCCGAAAGUUAUCCCGAGCCGUACCGUUAAGAUCGUGUCGGCAACGAAAUCUAGCGAUGCGAUUGCAACGAUGGCCGGUGACCGGCCGCUGGAACGGGGUGCUGUUGUAUCGUUCUCGUUCGAAACAAUGCACUCCGCGCUCGGUGUGCCGGUGUUGGCCGACCUGACCAAGUGGAAUGCCAGCCGCCAAGAGGUGGUGCAGAACAACAAGGAGAAGAUAGACGAUAAACGGCCAAUGCCGGAAUCUACUGGAGUGAACCUCCGGGAGGAAAAGGCCAGUUAG